AAGCGGGAUCGCCACCGCUAUAAAUUAGCCAUAGGGCGUCGUGCUAUAUUAACGGGAGCUAUUAUAAAGGCCCCUAUUUAUAAGUCUAAGUAUCCCCUAGAUAAUCUUACUUCCUAUAAGCGCGAACUUUCUAUUAUAACUACUAUCUCUAGGAUCCCUGCCCUUAUCGAUUAUACUCCGCGGAUUGUUAAAGCGGAUCCUAGCUCUGGUAUUAUUAUACUUAGCACCCUAAAGCUCUACUAG